ACACGCAUCGCCAUUCGUCACCUCCGCUAGAUGGCACCUUCCAUCACUUCACCGCACACAUCGCUACCCACGGCUUAAUGCGCCCAUGCCAUGCAUAAUCUUUUCCAUCUAUGUCAAUUGAUCUAUAUGAAUGUCCUCGAGAAGGGGAACGAGAAGUAGGGGCACAUGUCUUCUGCUGAGUCCGCGUCGUACCUGUCUGGAUCGACCGCAUGCAGCAUGAAGACUCGAAUGAAAACCACAAAUGCGCUGGUACUGCACACAUCACAGACAGGCAAAUGUGAAACGAAGGUAUCACGUGAACAGGAGUCUGUUCGUUAAUCGUUUCUAACAUUCCGAUAAACCCCAGGAGGCAGGUAAGUAUUGAGGCCUUCACGACACCUGGCCUCUGAGCACAGCAGCGGCAGGUUACUGAUCCGGACCAUCCAGAGGACAUGGACGGUCUCCAAAGCGCCCUCAACCACGAGCAGCACGACCAGUCCGGCGAUGCCCAUGAAGAAGCUGGCAAGAGACGCGUCUUUGUGCCAUAUCUGAUCGGUGACCAGAACCAUUAGAUUGGUAAAGACCAAGGUCAUCAUUUCCGUCAUCGACCAUCUACGCAACACCACAAAAGCACACAAGGAGAUUUCAGAAGCGGAGCGAUUCGAUGUUUGUCUCUUACAGUCUUAUCUGGUCCGACAGCGCACGUUUAUAUCGGGGGCUGAUUUCCAGCGAAGCAAAUGCUGACUGCAU